AUGGUCGCGCCUCAGUCGUCGACGUACCCUCGCACCGACUUUCCCGAGGACCUCGAGUGCCACCCUCUGCUCGUCGUCGACUACGCCAAGGUCGCUGCGGGCGACGAGCAAGAGAUCGACCAGCUGUACCAGGCGUGCACGGCUCUCGGCUUCUUCUACCUCAAGCACCAUGGUGUCGAGGACCUCACCGAGCCCAUGUUCGCCAUGGGCAAGGCGACGUUCGAGCUUCCCGACGACGAGCUCAUGCCGUUCGAGCAGGGCGACAGCGGCAUGAGCGCCGGGUACAAGCGCGCUGGGUCGACCAACGUCGACGCCAAGGGCAACGUCGACACGGUGCACUUCAUCAACGUCGCGAAAGACGACGCGCUCGCCUUCCCCGACGUCAAGCAGCGCACUUAUCCUCGGACCGUGGUCGAGCGCAUGGACACGGUCACGGCCUUCGUCCGCAAGUCCGACGACGUCCUGCAGACGCUCAUGGCCGCGCUCGAGCCUCGGCUUGGCCUUCCCAAAGGAACGCUCGCCGCCCUGCACAAGGAGGGCGAUAUCUCGGGCUCCGAGUCGCGCUGCAUCCUCAAGCCGGCCGAGGGCGACAAGGGCUAUCUCCCCGAGGGCAAGGGCGACGAUGGGAACCCGGCGGCAGCGAUUGGCGCACACACCGACUUUGGCGUGAUCUCGAUGCUGCACGGUCGCGGCUGCGGCGGCCUCCAGGUCCUUCCUCCCGGCACGACCAAGUGGCAGCACAUCCGCCCCCUUCCCGGACACGCCGUCUGCAACGUCGGCGACACGCUGUCGGUGUACUCGGGCAACAUCUUCAAGUCGAACAUCCACCGCGUUAUCCCUCCCCCUCCUCCGCAGAACAAGGACCCUCGCUGGUCGCUCGUCUACUUCCUCCGUCC